GGAAGACAAUUACUUCUUUCCGCCACUCCACACAAUAGUUGUAUAAAUCCAUCUAUUUCGUGAUCCCAGAUUCUUCUGAUUUCCCCAAAUCGCAAACUAGAGCGCCACGCAGCCAAAAAUUAGCUUUCUCCUUCACCGACGAAAAUGCCGUACUAUUCCAGGGCAGAUGCCGACGCCGUCGACGACUUCGACGAGUACGAUCCAACGCCAUACGGCGGCGGCUAUGACAUCCACUUGACCUAUGGUCGCCCAAUUCCCCCCAGCGACGACACCAGCUACCCAAUGGGCCAAUCCGCCUCCGACGAGAUCGACUACGAUCGUCCUCACUUCUCGUCCCAGUCGGAGCCCUCUGCCUACGGCGACGAGGCUCUGAACUCCGAGUACAGCAGCUACUCCCGUCCUAAGCCCCGACCCGGUCCCGCUUACGGCUUCCAGCCCGGCGGUGGCAGGCCUGCCGGUGAGUCCGAGUACGGAUCUGGCGGGAGGACUGAGACCGAGUACGGAUCUGGCGGCGGCGGAUAUGGUGGGAGAACUGAAUCUGAGUAUGGAUCUGGCGGCGGCGGUGGAUACGGCGGGAGGACGGAGACUGAAUACGGAUCUGGCGGCGGCGGAUAUGGUGGAAGAACCGAAUCUGAGCAUGGAUCGGGUUACGGGCGUAAGCAGGAGUCCGAGUAUGGUGGAUCGGGCUAUGGGCGUGAACAGGAACCCGAAUAUGGAUCGGAAUACGGCCGGAAGCCGGAACCCGAGUACGGAUCUGGCUAUGGCCGUAAGGAGGAAUCCGAAUACGGCCAGCAGCCGGAAUCCGAGUACGGAUCUGGCUAUGGCCGUAAGGAGGAACCCGAAUACGGCCGGCAGCCGGAGCCUGAGUACGGAUCUGGGUAUGGCCGUAAGCAGGAAUCCGGGUACGGUGGCAGGACUGAAUCUGAAUACGGGUCGGGUUAUGGAGGGAGGACCGAGCCCGAGCACGGAUCUGGUUACGGUCGCCAGACGGAAUCAUCAGAGUAUGAAGGCGGUGGUGGGUCUGAAUAUGGAAGGCGAAAGCAGAGCUAUGGAGAGGAAGGUGAAGAUUAUGAGAGGCGCCAGGAGACGACUGAGUAUGGCUCUGGAGGUUACCGCAGACAGGAUAGCUCCGAGAAGCCUGCUUAUGGGAGGCGCCGCAAUGAUGAUGACGAUGAUGAGGAGAAGUCUCGCGGCCAGUAUGGCUAUGGUGGUGGCGAAGAAGGUGGUGAAGAAGGCUAUGGCCGCAAGAAAUAUGGAGAUAAUGACUCUGAGGAGGAUGACGACGAUGAUGAUGAUGAGAAGAAGCAUCGCUAUAAGCAUCAGCACCAUCGCCGCAAUGAUGACGAUGAAUGAUCAAUUCAUCAGCCCCUGUUCGGAGAACACUAUGCCUGCCACUCUUAUCUAUCUAUCUAUCUAUCUAUCUACUACUAAAUAACGAAGAGUGUUGAGUAGGCAUGGUUAUUAUCUUGGAUUGUGUGUCAUGGGAGUGUUCUGUACUUCUGUUCGUCAUAUCGGAGUGUGUAUGUGUUGUUUUCCUUUCUUUUCUGAGCUUUUAAACCCUAAGAUCACUCUUAUCAUAUCCAGCUCAUGGGUUGGUGUGCUGCUUCCUACUUUCCUUCCAAACGAGUGUCUAAAUAUAUGUAUUAUGAACGGUUUCGUAUAAUCUAUUUUGUGUUUAACUGCUUAUGAAUGGAUGAACUAGUAUUGUGCCAUUUUAUAUGCUGUAACAUUGGAUUUCAACUCAGACAGAGAAUGGAGAGGGAGUAGAACAAGAAAGCCAGGAUCUUGAAAUGUAACCUCAAUGGAUGUUUUCUACUAAUGGAAAUGUUAACACUUCGGC